AUGCGCUGCGGGAUAAGGGAGAGGUACGCGGUUGCGGCGGUGGCCGCGCUGCCCGUGGCGAGGAUCGUGGCCAUGGUCGGGAUGGCGCGCGCGCAGGAAGUGACAGCUAUCGCCGUUGCCUCCGUCGCCGAACGCGGUGGUGGUGGCAGCGCCGACGGGCCGUCGCACGACCUCGCCAAGCGGGAGACCAGGGUGGGUUGUGACUGCUUCUCUCUAGCUAUCUAA